CGAGGGGUGUGGUCAAGUGUGGCUCAGUGCGCAUCAGGUAUCAUCACCAUCAUCAUCCCUCACGAUAUAUAAUCCUGCCAACCGAGAGGAGAGCGGCAACAGCGGAGCGACUCCACCAACAGACAACUGUCAAAAAAUGGCCAGCACGUUGAGGUCGUGGAUGAUGUUCGCAGCGCUCGUACUUUGCCUGCUGGUGUGUUGGAGCAGCUUGGCGGACGCCUACCCUCCCAAACCGGAGAGUCCGGGGAGCAACGCCUCACCGGCCGAGUGGGCCAAGUACCACGCAGCUAUCCGGCAUUAUGUGAACCUCAUCACCAGGCAGAGGUAUGGGAAGAGGUCAACCCCCGAGCAGGCGGUGGCGGCGUGGCUGAUGUUCGGGGCUGAUUCGAGCCAAGACACUGAACCACGCUUGGACUACAGCGACCAAUGGUGAAAGACUUCCCAAUAUUCCAUUUACCUACAAUCAGAAAAAAAUGUCGAGACAACCUGCACUGGACUUUGUGACUCUUGCAUUUUUAAUUACUCAUUAAUGUGCAUGCAAAAUGUUUGUUGAGCAAAAAUGUAAAUAAUUUGUAUUAAAUCAAUGACUUUACAAUAAAGACUGAAUGGAAUAAAUGGAAUCAAAAUAUCAAA